AUGUUGUGUUAUGACAGUGGUAAUAGCUUCUCCUUAGUAAAUGAUUCAGAACUUUUGGAAAACAUGUGCCAUAAAAGGGAAGCAAUAACUAUCACCGAUAAUACAGACAUUUUCAGUAAAGGCAGAGGAAAGCUAACAAUAAACGUCAAUAACAUAAAUUUGAAAUUAGAUGCCAUGUAUGUACCAUCUGCCAAUCUUAAUCUAAUAUCAAUAUCACAACUCAAUAGUCUAAAAGUGACUACCAUUAUGCGGGAAUCAAUAUGGCUAAUUUAUGAUGGUAAAAUAACAGAAGUUGCGGCAAUUGAUCCAAGUAUCAAAUUAUAUAUGGGACCAAUUUCAGGAAGUUUUAAAAAUCAAAGUCAAAUACAAAAUGAAACAACAGAAGAUAAUGAAACAUCAUCAAUAAUAAAAUAUUUUUCAGGAAAUGUUUUUGAAUCAACAACAAACUUAGAUCAGGAAGAUACUCCAAAAGAACAUCCAUUCUUUACAGAUCAUAUUAUGAUGGGACAUAUGCCUAUAUAUGCGAUGACUCAACAUUAUAAGAGGAUGGGUAUAAAGACAAAACCAACGAAACAAGAAGAACAACUUGUUAAAGAAUGUCAAAUCUGUAUCAAAGCAAAUAUGAAGAGAGUACCACAUACUUCAGGACCCCAAAGAGAUAAGAGUAAGAUACGAAGAUUAUUCCGACUUCAUAGUGACACACUUGGUCCAUUCAAUUUAUUCUUGGAGAAGAAAAUAACUAAGAAAUACAUCACCACGGUUAUUGAUGAAGCAACUGGUUUUACAGAAAUAAUUGUAAGUGACUCGAAAGGGGUUAAAAGUUCAAUAAUUAAAAUCAUUAAAAAAUUCAAUCAAAAAUUUAAUGAGAGAGUUGCUUUCUUUAGAAGUGAUAAUGCACCAGAGAUGCCAUCAAUAGAGGACCUACAAAACAUCGGGGUGGAUUGCAAUCAAAUACCAACAUAUAGCCCAAGCUUAAACGGUUUAGCCGAAGGAUAUAAUAGGAAAAUACUCAUAAAUAUUUACAAAAUUGUUUCACUGUUAAAUGCUGAUAAUAACAUAAUGAACCUAUUCAAAUAUAUGGCGGAAUAUCUGGUCCACAAACUAAACAACACCCCAAGAAGAUUACUUCAUGGAAAAACACCAUUUGAAAAAUUUUACAAAUGCCAACAAUACAACAUAAAACAUUUGCAAUUUGGAAUUGACUGCAUAGUCAAAAUACAUACAAAAAUUCAAGCAAAACAAUUUGGAAUAAUACCGGAAAAAUUUAUACCUUUCUGCAUUGAUGCUUUCUUUGUUGGAUAUGGUUCGGACAGUUGCACCUUCAUCGUCAUAACAAUGGAUAAUAAAUACUCAGAAUUACGAACUUGUGAUGUUGUUUUCAUCAACAGUUUCAACAACAUCAAGAAAUAUAAACCAGUAUUACCAAUUGAAAUUCAACAAACUAAUCAAGAUAUCACAAGAUCUAAAUACAUUUACACUAUAAAAAAAUUUCGUUUUUACCAUACAAAAUUCCCAUACUAA